AGUCACAGCCAGCCGGCCCACCAUUCGAUCUAUCAUUCCGAGGUCCGACUUCCUAUCAAGUUCUCGUGCACGAACCGGCACAAACAUGGCGUGCCUUUUCUGUUCGCUGUUUUUAGGGGUUUUAACCGUCAUUCUUUCUCCUCAGCACUGUUUUUCUGAUGAUUCCCCAAGAGUGCAGAUCAAAGAAACCAUAUUUACAGGCACCAAUCAUUACAUAGCAGAAAGCAUAACCCCUGUGUAUUCCUUCAGAGGUAUCUACUAUGCUGAGUCUCCAGUAGGGGCUAGGAGAUUUUCUCCACCUGUCACGAAGAAACUUCCUGGUGGACCAUAUGAUGCCACCAUGUCUGGCCCAUUUUGCCCCCAAAAUCUUGAGACAACAUCCAUUGUAUUUCCACGUCCGUUUCCUUCAGAUGAAAUGAGUGAAGAUUGCCUCCAUCUUGAUGUGUAUACUCCUAGCCUGAACUCUGAGGAGAAGCUGGCAGUCAUGGUGUACUUCCAUGGAGGUGCUUAUGCCAAUGGUGCAGGAGGCUAUUAUGAUGGUUCUCCAUAUGCUUUGUUUCAAAAUGUGGUACUAGUGGCUGCAAAUUACCGUCUAGGUGCUUUAGGUUACUUAAGUACAGGAGAUGAAGCUGCCUUUGGUAACUUUGCUCUUCUGGACCAGCACAUGGUUCUUCAGUGGAUACACAACCAUAUAAAGCACUUUGGUGGUGACUCAAACAGUGUCACAAUCUUUGGAGAAUCUGCUGGAGCUGUCAACAUCAUUCUCCACCUCCAGUCAUCUCUAUCACAAGGCUUCUUCCACCGUGCUAUCUCUCAAAGCGGGGUGGCGCACAGUCCCAUCAUGACCUCCAAGAACCCUCUUCAUGUUGCCCAGAGGCUGGCUCAGAAACUAAGCUGUCCAACUUCCACCACCAAAGUACUGGUAGAAUGUUUACGAGGCAAGUCUGCUGAUGAUCUACUUAAGGUUGAUAUGGAUGACCCUGACAUACCAACUUUACCUUUUGCCCCUGUUGUGGAUGGCUUCUUUAUAGAGGAAGAUCCACUUGAAGCGCUGAUGAUGGGGAAAUUAACACGUGGCCCGGAGCUUUUGAUAGGUGUAAAUAACCAUGAAGGAGGAUUCUCCAACUUGGCAAACAGGAUAAAUAUUGAGUUUCUGGAAAAAUUCAAUGUUCAAGCCUUCAGAAACAUAGUCCAGUCUCAGCUUGGGAAAUUCAUACCAGGAGACUUGAGUGAUUUGAUAACGAGUAUUGAACUCAUGUAUGGAGGCAAGAAUGGUAUGACUGAUGAGGAUGCAUUUUAUCAGCUUACAGAAGUCAUUGGAGAUCUAAUAUACGUUGUUCCUGCCUUAGCUCUGGCUGAUGUUAGGACAGCCCUGGGGGAUAAAGUAUACUUCUAUGAAUACCAGCACCGAAUGUCAUGUUCAAGGGCUCCAUCUUGGGUUAGAGCUGAUCAUGGUGAUGAGGAGGCCAUCGUCUUUGGUUUUCCCUUCCUAGACAAGCAUGAACUGGGACGCCUUCAUUUUACUCCGGAGGAGAAAGACCUUAGCCAUAUUGUGAUGACUUACUGGGCAAAUUUUGCAAAGACUGGUGACCCCAAUGGUGAUAGCAACUCCUCUACUGUUAGAUACUGGCCAAGGUACUCUGUGGAGGACAAGGAUUAUAUGAAGCUGGACUUCAUUCCGGAGGUAGCACAAAACUUAAAACCAGACAUCGUCAACUUCUGGCAACAACUUAUGAACAGGGUACACAAGCAGGCAUCAAGGGAUGAAUUAUAGAGGGAUGUAUUGUCAACUCUGCACCAGUGCUGUAACAUGACAUGAAUUAUUUUGCUCCCUCCUUGCCAGAAAAAAAUGUUUUAGGAUUAGGGACUCUAAAUGUAUAGAACUGCAGUGCUUGAUGUGAACACUUGCCUUUUCGAAGCAGUGACUAAACCAUGCAAAACAAAAUGUAUGUAAUCACCUCUUGAAAAGGAAUUUAUUUGGUCCCAAAACAUUAAACUUGGGGAUGCCACAAAAUAUAUGAUUCUUCUGCAAGCUGAUUUGAAUAGAUAGCCAAACCGCAGUGCUGUAAAUCAAAAUUUGGAGUUCUGAAACAGUGCCUCCUUAUAAAUGUUUUUAGUGCAGCCGUCAGACGGUAAAACUGUCUUAACUCGAAAAAUUUGACUUUUUGAGGUAAAUUCACUUUUCUGGUAAUGUGUGGGUGCUUUUUCAAUGGUGCUUUCGAGAAAAUCCCAUCAUGUCUUGAUUUAGAGAUAAUUUCCGCUGUCUUGGUACUUUUUUGUAUUUUUCCUUCAGAUUUGAUGGUAAAAUGGUCUUUCUUUGAGUUAGCCCAUUGUUGGUAAUGUUGUCUGGAGGUAAAAACAAGCUAUCUUACAUAAACCUUUAACCUUCUUAAUUGAGAUUCUUGAAUCAUCGCUGUCAGAUGGAAAAAUGGUCCAUCUUCGAGUUAGACCAGUUAACCGCCACAUUACACGGCCGUCAGAUGGUAAAACGGUCUAUCUCGAAAAUCGCUGAAGAAUGUUGUGCUGAUUUGGGGUAAGAUGGUAAAAAAAUGGUCUAUAUAGAAGAUAGACCAUUUUACCAUCUUAUGAUAUGAGUGUUUACAUGUGCUGUGGUUAAACAAUCUAUCUACACAAAAAUCUCUGUUAUUUCAUAACUAAAACCCCAAGUAAGCACAAAAUUCUUCAGUUAUUAGUGUUUAUUGUGCUUCUUCUUUUCCCAUUGCUAAAAAUGCAUUAUUUCCAUCUCAUAAAAAAACUCAAACCUCUAAACUUUAAAGCCAUUUUUCUCAGAACAGCGAUUUCAAGAUAGACCGUUUUACCAUCUGACAACCGACUGUGGUGAGAGAAUCAUAUUUAUGUGUAUUAAAAUUGCCUUUGAAUAUGCAGAAUUGAAUAUGUCCUAAUGACACUCUUUUUAGGGUGAUAACAUUGU